CUGAAUUUUCUUGUUAUCACAAAAACACAACAUUUUUUUUAGUCACUAUCGGAAAAAUUUCCCCAUUAGUUACCAUUUAGCUUUACUUAUACAGCGUCGAAUCAUCAAAGGCAGCCCUCGCAGGACGUAGAGAUCAAUAUGGCUAGAUCUGAGGGCGGUGCAAGUGUGCCAGAGCGUCUGCCUCCAGUUAACGCAGAUGACCAACGCUUUCCCUAUUGCAUAGUUUGGACUCCGAUACCAGUGUUGACCUGGAUUCUACCGCUAAUCGGCCACAUGGGUAUUUGUACAUCAAGUGGAGUUAUUAGAGACUUUGCCGGACCUUAUUUUGUAUCUGAAGAUAAUAUGGCCUUUGGACGGCCAGCACGAUAUCUGCGACUGCAUCCAAAGUAUGUGAACGGUGGUUCUAAUGCCUGGGAUGAGGCUGUUUCCAAGGCAUCCGUAUUAUACGGGACCAGAACACAUAAUAUAUUCUGCGACAAUUGUCACUCUCAUGUGGCCACCGCCCUGAUUAAUAUGCGCUACAAAGAUAGCUCCAGUUGGAAUAUGGUAAUUCUUUGCUUCUGGCUCUUCUUCUGCGCCCGCUAUGUGGGAAUUUUGGGAUUCAUCAAGACAUGGCUACCAUUUGCAAUACUAGUGACAAUUUGCGUGCUCUUGGGUGUUUACUUUUAAACAAAUAUGUAAUUCAACUUCCUUAACAACAUUAUAUUAGUUAAUUUUUUAUUGUA